UCAACUGACAGUUGUCAAUGUAGGAUUUCCAAAUUCCAAUUACAAUAUUCCACUUGGCUGUAUCAUUUUUUAAUUAAAAAUAAUAAUUAGAUAUAGUAACGUGUCAAUUAUAACUUAAAUUAAACAUAUCGCGUAAUGCGUAAAAUGGUAAAGCAUAGAAAGCCCAGCUCGCUAAGUAAACAUAGUAGCAACAUAGAAACAAGUGGAUCCAGUACUUCAGAAAGUCAGCCGCGAACCCGAUCAUAUAAAUAUGUAUCCGUAUGGAAAACUACGUUAGGUGUAAUAUGUUUAUCAGUAGCUGUGUACAUUGGUACCCUGGGGUACCUGGAAACCCGGGUGAAUACUCCCUUUGACGGCGAAAAGGCAGUGAAAGAAUCAGGAUUAGACGUUCCUGAUCGUUUUUGGGGAAGUUAUAGACCGGGAGUGUAUUUUGGUUUGAAGAGCCGUGAACCAAAAUCACCUGUGUUUGGUAUGAUGUGGUAUGAGUUGGGUACUGCUGUACAAAAGGGUAUCAGACACUGGUGUGAACAAAAUGAUAAUUUACCAAGUUACGGCUGGAUAAGACAUGACGGUUUCACCUUUGGGGAGCAAAUAAUUUCUGAUCCACCUCAUAAUAUCGUGACCAGCUUUGUAAAAACGCCAGGCGGAGAGCAUGGUGGACAUUGGACCGCAAGAAUUAAUAUAACAUCUGUGAAUAAGGCCAAUGAAGCAUUUAUGUUAAUUUGGUAUGGGGCAUUGGAUGAGUCGCAAGGGUUUGGUCCACAGUCACGAAUGUGGGGCGAAAAGGGUGCAAUAGUGGGCUACACACCAUCGUUCGGCAAUUUUAGAGUCCACUUAAUACCACAUCAAGGAAAGCUCAUACACACAUCAUUCACUGAUGCCUAUUCACCAGGGCUACAUCUCUUAAAGGAGAAAUAUUAUUCUCUAUUGAAGGUAGAGAAACAUCCAUUUGGCCGUUUAGCUGUUCUCGGACCUGAUAAUGAACUUACUUCUACGAAUAAAGAUGUGAACUUCGUGCCAGUACAAAUGUUGGUAGAAACUCCAUUUGUGCUAGACGUUGUGUAUACCACGGAGGACCUAUCAGGACCACCUCUGAAAGGGGAGGAGUACACCAAGGUGUUGGAACAGAAGAAGACGGCUUUUGAUGCACGAUUUGAAGAGGAGUUUAAAUUGAAAGACAAAGGUUAUUCCGAUGCGGAUAUAGCCAUUGCUAAGGCGGCCAUGUCGAACAUGGUUGGUGGUAUUGGUUAUUUCGAUGGUACCAGCAGAGUGCAGUCACAAUACACACGCGAACCAGUGCCUUAUUGGAAGGCGGCCUUGUAUACCGGAGUACCGAGUAGGUCAUUCUUCCCUCGAGGUUUCCUUUGGGAUGAGGGUUUCCACGGUCUACUUGUAGGUCGCUGGUCUCCAGAUAUUCAGAUGGACAUCGCCGCUCAUUGGUUGGAUCUUAUCAAUGUCGAGGGCUGGAUACCUCGUGAGCAGAUAUUGGGACCGGAAUCUUUGGCACGAGUGCCUAAAGAGUUCGUAGUGCAAAGCAACGCGGCGGCCAACCCGCCUAUGUUGCUGAUACAGAUCGCAAAUAUGGUCCAACGUCGGCCUAAUCUCUUCCAACAUGAUUCCAAGCUUCGGCGAAUGUUGGAAAGAAUGUUUCCAAGACUUCAGGCAUGGUACAACUGGUUCCUUAAUAGUCAAAAAGGCAUCGAACCCACGUCCUACAGAUGGAGAGGAAGGGAAGAUGACGGGAUUCAGCUAAACCCUAAAACAUUGACUUCAGGUCUUGAUGACUAUCCAAGAGCCUCCCAUCCCUCGGAAAUCGAGAGACACGUCGAUCUCCGUUGUUGGAUGUUUGCCGCAGCCGACGCCAUGACAGUUAUCGCCUUUGCACUACAAAGGGAUACUUCUAAAUUUGAAGCGAUUCGUGAACAACUUGGCGAUGAAAAAUUAUUAAAUAAGCUGCAUUGGGCGUCUCAUUCAAAUUCAUAUGCUGAUUAUGGUUUGCAUACAGAUGGUGUGAAGUUAGUUCGUCAAGCGUCUAAAUCUCCUGGAGAAGGAUUGAAAGUGGUACGCUCCGUCACAAGUCCACCUCAGCCCAGGCUGGUAGCGUCGGCUUUUGGUUACAUAUCACUAUUCCCAAUGUUACUGAAAGUGUUGAGUCCGAAAAGCGAUAAUUUGGGGAAAAUCCUUGCUGUUUUGGACAAGCCGAGUCUACUAUGGUCACCAUAUGGCCUAAGGUCCCUAUCAAAAUCCGCUCCAUUGUACAUGAAACGUAACACGGAACACGAUCCUCCAUACUGGAGAGGUCAAGUCUGGAUAAAUAUAAAUUAUUUGGCCUUAUCCGCACUGAAACAUUAUGCGAGUGUGGAAGGACCUCACGCCAGUAGAGCGGAAGAGCUUCAUACGAAACUGAAAUCUAAUGUCGUUGGUAACAUAAUAUCGCAAUACAAAAAGACGGGAUACUUCUGGGAGCAGUAUUCGGACCAAGAUGGCCGCGGUUCCGGAUGUAAACCGUUCACCGGAUGGACCGCACUCUUUGUUUUAAUGAUGGCUGACGAAUAUUAGAGCUAAAUUUUUGAGAUAUAUCGGCCUGGCAAAUUUUACUUCCACUGACAGCUGCUCAAGUUCAUACAAUAUUGUUCUCUAUGUGUAAACGUGAAAUAAAUCGGUGACGCUACCUUUUUAGGUCUGGGCCUCAGAUUUCUGAAUCUGUUUCAUGAUUUGUCAAUCUAAUAGGUAAGUCGGUGAUCAGCCUUCUGUGCCUGACACACGCCGUCGACUUUUUGGGUUCCGGCCGGUUUCCUCACGAUGUUAUUCUUCAUACAGAAGUAGGAAGGCAUGCAAAAAGUGACUAAAGGGCCGUUCAAGUAUUACGUAAGCAGAUUAACAAAUUUAAAUUAAAUUAAAACUUGCCCUCGAACCGGGAAUCGAACCCGGUACCCGUCACCUAGCUGCCACUUAAUAAGACCGCUAGGCUAUGAGGCCCUUAAUAAUUUGUUUAACAGUUAAAAUCUGUUAAAUUAAGAUAGACUAAAAAUGGUUGUAAAGUCGGCUUACGGACGAAAGUUUAACGUGACAACGUUAUAACAAAACAUUGAUGAAAUGAUUGCAUACUUUUA